GGGAAAGAGAGAAUUGGAUGAGAAAGCAGGUAAAGAGCGGGAGGCUACUGCAGCCAUUCAGAUCUCAGCACUUGAUGAGUGUGCCAGGGCCGGCCAACUGGUCAAGGAUCAGAGGGAAGAUUCAGAUUCAGAGCUCGGGAAUUUUGGAGCCUGACCAAGGGAAACUGCCCAAGAUGCAGGAGGAAAUCCAAACGGUCAAGGAAGAGGUGUGUUUCAACAUGAGCACGAGGCUGCCGCCGCCCGCCGCCUUCCCUCCCGGCCCGCCGUCGGGGAGUCCCAGGACGAAGCCCCCACCGAGGGAGGCCUUCCCAGAAAGCUUGGGAGCCCCCUUCUCCCAAUUCCGGUACGAUGCUCCGCCGGGGGAUCCCGGCGGGUCCCGGAAACGGAAGAGUGUGCCCAGCAAGAUGCCAUCCGGGGGCCCCGCGGCCGAGGCCCCACCUGUCCACCCGCCCCCGCUGCGCCCACCACCUGCCCCGGCCUUUCUGGCCCCGCUGGCCCGACCCCAGCCCCCCAAACCCCCAUCCCAGAUGAUCGACCUGUGUAAUGUUGGCUUCCAGUUCUACCGCACCCUGGAGCGCUUCGGGGGCCAGCCGGUCAAACGGGAGCCGGUCCAGCCCGGGGCCCCGUGGCCCCCGCCUCCCUUCCUGCCCGUCCUCCCCUUCCCCUACUACCCCCAGGCCCCCCGCGGCCUGGUGCUCCCCUUCCCGGCUCCCAACCGCCCCGCGGGCCGGCCCCCGCAGCCGCCCCAGGGCCCGGCCCGGCCGGGGCCCCCGAGGGCCGGGGCCGAGGGCGGGCCCCAGGUGGAGCGGGUGGACGUCAACGUCCGGAUCGACGACAGCUACUACGUGGACGUGGGCGGCGAGCAGAAGCGCUGGCAGUGCCCCACGUGCGCCAAGUCCUACACCUCCAAGUACAACCUGGUGACCCACAUCCUGGGCCACAGCGGGGUGAAGCCCCACGCCUGCGCCCGCUGCGGCAAGCUCUUCAAGCAGCUCAGCCACCUGCACACGCACCUGCUGACCCACCAGGGCACGCGGCCCCACAAGUGCCAGGUGUGCCUCAAGGCCUUCACGCAGACCAGCCACCUCAAGCGGCACAUGAUGCAGCACAGCGACGUCAAGCCGCACAGCUGCCGCGUCUGCGGCCGCGGCUUCGCCUACCCCAGCGAGCUCCGGGCCCACGAGGCCAAGCACGAGGCCGGGCGCUGCCACGUCUGCGUCGAGUGCGGGCUGGACUUCCCCACGCUGGCCCAGCUGAAGCGCCACCUGACCGCGCACCGCGGGCCCGUCCAGUACCGCUGCGGUGAGUGCCCCAAGGCCUUCCAGUACCCCAGCCAGCUGCAGAACCACAUGAUGAAGCACAAGGACAUCCGCCCGCACAUCUGCUCAGAGUGCGGCAUGGAGUUCGUCCAGCCGCACCACCUCAAGCAGCACUCCCUCACCCACAAGGGUGUGAAGGAGCACAAAUGUGGGAUCUGUGGCCGGGAGUUCACGCUGCUCGCCAAUAUGAAGAGACACGUCCUGAUCCACACCAAUAUCCGAGCCUACCAGUGUCACCUCUGCUUCAAGAGCUUCGUGCAGAAGCAGACCCUGAAGGCCCACAUGAUCGUCCACUCCGACGUCAAGCCUUUCAAGUGCAAGUUGUGCGGAAAGGAGUUCAACCGAAUGCACAACCUGAUGGGCCACAUGCAUCUGCACUCGGACAGCAAACCAUUCAAGUGCCUCUACUGCCCGAGCAAAUUCACCCUCAAGGGUAACCUGACGCGCCACAUGAAGGUCAAGCAUGGUGUCCUGGACAAAGUGUUUCAUUCUCCAGGUCUCGGAAGGGGAAGGGGGGCCCCGACCCAGACCGCAGGAGCCCUGAGGAGCUUGGAGCAGGAGGAGCCCUUCGACCUCUCCCAGAAAACCCGCACCAAGGGGGUCGCGUUUCAUUCCGACGGAGAGAGCGCCAAGGGCAGCUCAUGCCCCGAGGAGGACGAGGACCACUGCUCCGAGAGCGAGCGGUACAGUCCGGGCCCGUUGGCCCCCGACCAUCACCACCUCCUUUCCAGGCGCCGCGGCCUGCUGAGGAAAGGCGCGAGGCGAGCUCGCCGAGAUGCCCCCUCCCUUCAGGAGAGGGAGCAGGGGCUGAGCCACGGCUUCGAGCAGAAGGAGAAAGAGAGUCAGAGGGCCGAGGGAAGCCAGGAGAGAAACUGUGCCCACAAAGACGACUGUCUGGGCUUCAGACCGUUUCCAGACCCCAGACUUGGCCACUCUCUGUCUGAUUACCUUUACUUCAAGCACAGGAAUGAGAGUCUGAAAGAAUUGCUGGAGAGGAAAAUGGAAAAACAAGCUGUGCUUCUGGGCCUCUAAAUGGACAGUUUUCAUAUCUCGACCGGAAAAUGAGAACUAGGAGAUUCAGAUUCUGCUUUCAGCAAAAGUUCUCGUUUGCUAGAGACGGGGAGUUUGUAAGAAGGCCUUCAAGAUGAACCCCAAUAAACAAUUAAAGACAAAAAUUAAGGUAAAGUGAAUGCCCAUCCAUUUCUCCAUUGGCUCACUACUGCCAGUGCUGGCCUAUAUCUGGGGGAAAAGCCUCUUUGGGAAAAGCCUCUUCGCUUUCUUCCAUUAUUAUUCAAACAUCCUAAGCUGUAUACAUUCCCCUGGAUAUAUAAUUGUAAGCUGACUCUGAAGGGGUUACAGAAGCUUUUAUUUUUCUCUUUCUGGUCACACACACACACACACACAAACACACGCACCCUUUCCCUCCCACCCCCCUUUGUCUAAAUGCAUUAGCAGUUGAGGUGUGUGAUUGCUAAUGGACAUUAAACAGCAGCAAGAUGCUAGAGGUUUCAUGAGGGUGGUGGGCGAUUUUUCAACUAGAGCAGAAUAUCGCUAGGGACUUUAUUAUUCUGAUGAUGAUGUUGGCUAAAGCUACGUGUUAAGCACUGUUCUAAGUUCUGGGGUAGAUACAACUUAAUAGGAUCAGACUCGGUCCCUGUUCCCCGUAGGGUCCGCAAUCUAAGCAGGAGGGAGGACAGACAUUGAAUCCCCACUUUAGAGAUUAGGAAACUGAGGCCCAGAGACACGAAGUGAGUUGUCCAAGGUGGCACAAGGCCUGGAAAUGAGGGAGAUGAAUUCCCGCAAGUCCUCUGUGCGCUUUAAGGCUCAGUUUGAGGGCCAGCAAGCCUCUCCAGAGGGAAAGCGUUGAACAACUCUGGUGUAUUGUCCUCACCCAAGCAUUUAGUACAGUGCUUCGCAUGCAAUAAGUGCUCAAUAAAUAUCAUUGACCUACCACAUACCUCUUUGGAGGCCCCCCCAUGUUGGUUUCCAAACUUCCCAGCCCAAGCCUCAUCCAGGAAUCCAACCUGAGUUCACCUGUAGCAUUAUCCAAAGUCUCUCCCCACCACCGAUGGAGCUGAAAGACCUUGCUAGCUGCAUCUGCGGCACUGGCAUUCAUUCAUUCGU